CCUGAGCCGCCUGAGUCGCCUGAGUCCGCGGCGCAAACAUGGCGUCUUCCGCCUCUGCUCGGACUCCGGCGGGGAAGCGGGUGGUGAAUCAGGAGGAGCUGAGGCGGUUGAUGAAGGAGAAGCAGCGCCUGAGCACCAACCGGAAGAGAAUAGAAUCCCCGUUCGCCAAGUACAACCGUCUGGGGCAGUUGAGUUGUGCUCUCUGUAACACUCCGGUCAAGAGCGAGCUCCUGUGGCAGACCCAUGUUCUGGGAAAGCAGCACCGGGAGAGAGUUGCGGAGCUGAAAGGCGCCAAGGGAACGACCCAGGGCCCGUCCGCCAGCACAGCGCUUCAGCCCACCAAGAGGAGAGCGACGGAUGUGGAGAGCCAAGACGCCAAAAGAGGCAAGGUCUCCGUGGGGCCUCAGGUACAGCCCUCCACCUCGGUGUCGUCCGCCAACUUUGAGAAAUCGGGAAAGGAAGCUGCUAGGGCGACCCCCAGUAAACCUUCCGGACUCGGUUUACUCCCUGAUUAUGAAGAUGAGGAAGAGGAGGAGGAAGAAGAGGGAGGUGGAGAAGAAAGACGGAACAGUAGCGAGCAUCUUUCAGAUGCACAGGGCAGAGAAUACUCGCUUACCUCUCCGAGGGAGACGACAAGCAAUGUGCUGCCAAAGGAUCCCUUUGAUACAAAUCUUCCCAAGGCCCCCAUAGUCCCUCAUUCAGGGUCAAUUGAGAAAGCAGAAAUACAAGAAAAGGUGGUGGAAAGGAGAGAGAACACUGCCGAGGCCUUACCGGAAGGGUUCUUCGACGACCCUGAGGUCGAUGCAAAGGUCCGGAAAGUUGAUGCCCCAAAAGAUCAGAUGGACAAAGAGUGGGACGAGUUUCAAAAGGCUAUGAGGCAAGUCAACACUAUCUCGGAAGCUAUAGUUGCGGAAGAGGAUGAGGAGGGACGCUUGGACCGGCAGAUCGGAGAGAUUGAUGAACAGAUAGAGUGCUACCGUCGGGUGGAAAAGCUGCGGAAUCGCCAGGAUGAACUAAAAAACAAACUUAAAGAGGUUCUGACCAUAAAAGAAUUGCAGAAAAAAGAAGAGGAGAAUGUGGACAGUGACGACGAGGGAGAAUUACAGGAUUUGUUGUCUCAGGACUGGAGGGUAAAAGGGGCUUUGCUGUAAGGUGUUGAGGACCUGAGCUUUCCAUUGGUCCCCACUGCCCUGUAAACAGUGCUUUGUCCAAGUACUUUCAACCUUGGGUACCCUGAGUUGUUGGGAUAAAUUAACCUGUGAGCAGUAAUACUUAGAGAAGGUACUGCGGUGCUAUUUAUUGUAAAAUGUUUGAGGUAAAACUGUUUUUGACCUUUUUGAAAUUAUAACCACAAAUUGCCAGCUUUUUACGUUUACAGGCUUAAUGUUGAUUUUCAGUUGUAAAAUCUAAGUUGUAAAUACUAUACUAAGCUGAGUCUAUAUUUACAUAUGUCACUCUGUUUUGAAACUUAUAAAUAGAAAUCAGACCAAAAAAUAUAUUUUUUUUCGAGCCUUAAACUCCAAUAGUUGGGGCUUUGGGAAGGUUGUUUUUGGAAGGCUUCUCAUAAACACAUAUUCUUCAUAAAGCA